AUGUCUUCAGCAACAUCAGAUCUACUUCACAAGAUUGAUGGUGCUUUACAGACAACUAGUUCUUGCCAAGAUACUGAUGCACUGCUAAAUGACUGCUUUCUUUCGAGUCCUUCGGAUGAUGUAGAUAUAACAGACUCUACUUGCUCUAAAUUAUCAGAAGAAAGCAUAACAUUUACAAAAAGUUCAAUAUAUGAUACAAAUAAUGCAUAUUCAGUUCUAAAAUCAUCUUCAUUUAUUGAUAAUUCGGACGAUUCAGAUUUUGAUUUUGAAGAAAGUCAAGACAAUUCUAGCAUUCAUAUUAUUCCGUCUACAGAUACAGAAAUAAAAUCAUUUCUUUCUUUAUUCAACGCAAAAUUCGGUUUUGAAGCUAAAAAUUUAAAUGAAGUAAUCGAAUCUUGCAAUAAACUAUUAAUCAAGAGUACAGACCGCAAAGAGAAAUCAGAAUCAUUUACAAAAGAGUCAAAAUCUGUUCAGCAACUCGUCGAAAAAAUCGAAAAAUUAGAAAACGAAAAUAGAUCAUUAAAAGAAUCGAUCACUACUCUCUCUCAAGAAAAGAUUUCUAUUACUACUCAACUUACAAACUUACAAAAUCAAAUUAAUUCACUUGAUAAAGAAAAUACAUCUUUAAAGAGCGAUAAAGCAAGUGUCCAGUCCGUAGUUAAGCAAAUGCACAAUAUAAUGGAAGUACAACUUACAGACCUCUCUAAACUUGGUCAGCAACGUCUUAAGCUCGUUGAUAUCAUAAAUAAACAGACUCGACUUAUCUCUGAUUUAGAAAAUAUCAAGACACCUCAAACAGUUAUCCAACAAGCAGUACAAAUUCAUGAUCAAAAUACAAUUACAACUCAAGAAAAAUCUGAAGAUAAUUAUAAUCUUUUAGUUUCUAUGUUGAAGGUUGUCGAAGAUAAUGUAUCUGCAGAGAUAUCUUCUCAAAUCAAAUUAAUUGAAGAAAAUUCUGUUUUGAGUGUUCAUGAGAGAAUUUUAUUGAUUAUAAAGAAGCUUACGAAUACAAUUGAUGAGCAAAAUCAGAAGCUUGCUGAUAAUGCAAGCUCAUCAGCUGCAGCUUCCAAGGAAAUUUUAUCUCUAAAGAACAAAUGUUCUCAAUUAAUUCGCACAUUCCAAGAACAACUUCAAUUUAUUAAGACAUUAUCAUCAUCAAAGGAUCUACAAACAAUUAUUUCAGGUGAAAACUUCUCUUCAGAGUUCAAACAAGACAUUGUAAGAAGAUAUUACACAUUAACUAAAUUUGUUGACGAAGUUAUCGGAGAAAUAUCGGGAGAAAAGUUCGCAGAAUCAUUCUCUGCUCCAUCACAAAUCGACCAAUCUCAUGUUUAUGAUCUUUUGACAACACAUGAUAUUGAUGAGCAACUUGAGACAAUAUUAGGCAAGAUCAGUGAUGAUAAUUAUGAUGCUCUAGAAGUUAUGAACAUUCUUGCUGCACAAUUAUUUAUAAACGGAAUCUUGAAAUCUCAUAUCUCAGAAUUAAACAACAGAAUGGCUGUUGUUCAACGUGAAAUUCUGAUCUCCAAGCAACCACAAACAACAGUCGAAGAAGAUUCUUUAAGACUUCUUCGUAAAAUGCAAAAACAGCAUCUUAAAAUACAUAAUUUCUUAAUGAAGAUAUGCAGAGAUGAUAGUGGUUCGCUUUACGAACAUCUUAAGCGUGCAUUUUCAACAAUUGCAGAACUUACUCUUUCUCAAUCCGAAAUUUCAAAUUCAGAAAAAGUUGAAGAAUCCAAGGACGAGAUCCAAAGUAGCUCACAAAGUAGCAGCCAACAACAGGUAGUUGCAGCGGACAUCAUUUCUACAAGAGAAAAAGAAAUCCGAGAAGAAUAUCAAGAUCAAAUUAAAACUCUUCUCAAAACAGUCAAGAAACUUGAACAGACAAAUACAAAGUUAACACAGAAAUACAACGAAGAACGUGAAUUCAGGAAGAAAGUAUCAAACAAAGUGAAACAAACUUCUGAUGAGCUCGAAAAACAGAAAUCCAUGACAAGAGAAGCUGAAUCCAAGGUUAUUGCCAUAGAAGAAGCAUCUCAACGUAGAAUCCAAAGCAUUGAACAAGAAAAGGCCAAUGCAGAAGCAAUUAUUUCCCAGCAAUCAAGUUUGAAGGACCAAAUUUUAACUUUAACUGAAAACCACAGAAAGGAAAUCCAAGAUUAUGCUGACAAACUCGAAGCCGCACAGUCAAAGAUUAAUGCUCUUAGAAAGAAGAACGAAGAAAUUCUUUCUAAUGUACAAAGAAUCAAAAAACAAAGACAUCAACUUGGAAAUCAAAUCGAAAGAUUGCAAUGCGCAAACAGAAUGUUGCAAGACACAAUAGACGUACAAAACGCAAGAGUUAAGAGAGACAUGAACGACCAGAUGGCAGAGAUACAAGUACAGCUUGCAACUGCAAACAGAGAACUCUCAAAGCAAACAUCUUUGAAUGAAGAAUUGGCCUCAAAAUGUCAGAAAUUGGCCAAUGAUUUAGCAACCGUUUCUGCAGCGAAGAAGACUUGCGAACUCAAACUUAGAACAGCAGAAGAGAGAAUAAUGAUAGAGAAAACAGGAUUCCAGUCAAAGAUAACCACAAAACAAACAGUUACACAAGCUGCACAGUCCUCAAAAGUUGUUGAAUUACAAAAAGAAAUUGAGAACGCAACGAUCAAAAUUGUAGCGUCACUUUUGGUAAGUGAAAAACCGGAAAAUCUAUUAGAUGCCAUUGAUAAACUUCUUGAGGAACUGACUAGUUUGAGGAACCUGAGAUCGAAUUACAUAAAUACAAUAGAUUCUGUCUCGAGAACACAGAAAUUGCUAAAUGUAGAUAAUCAGAAAGAGAUUGCAGCUGCUGUUGAAAAGCUGUUAAAGGAUAUAGAAGUUAUGAAGCUAGAGAAGGUUAUGGAAACUCCGAAAUCGCCAAAUAAGAAUGAUGAAGAAAAACAACAAAGAAUGCAGAAAAUUUAUGAAAAUGCACAGAACUCGUUGAGACAAUGGGAGAACUGGGCAAGAAGAUUAAAUGGAGUUAUCCAUGAAGGCGAUACAAAGACUGUUUGCGAUAAUUCAGAGUUAAGAUUAGCAUUAGAAGAAUGCAUCCUUGCUUCUCUUUCACACAGACAGAUAUUUGAUAGAGUAAUGUCACUUAGAUCUCAAAAAUCUCUUCUAAUGAGGUUUGACAAAAGAUUAUUAGGUCCUGCUGAAAGAAAUGUAGGAAUAAGACAGAUAAUGAUAUUAGCUGUUGCCAUGAGGAGAAUGCAGAAACUUGCAGGCUGUGUUCCUCUUUCUCCUUUCGCUAAUUUGAAUGUUUGA